AUGGAACUCUCUCUGUAUUCAUCGCUGCUUAUCGUGUUCAUCACAUGGAUUUUCUCGUCACAAUUGACGACGUAUGUGCGCUCGCGUCGCUACAAUGCAGAUGCGCCUUUGGUCGCGAAUUCGUGGUGGAAAAUUGUGACGUGGAGGGGGUUGUCGGGAAAGGAAUUGUUGGUGGGUGCGUAUCAGAAGUAUUCGAAAAAUGGAAAGGCGUUUCGUUUGAAUGGAAUGCUGGGUCCUCAGUGGGCAUUACCUACUUCUGUCUUUGCGCAGGCGGGGAAGAUGGGGACGGGUGAUUUGGAUCCGUAUGAGGCGAAUGAAGAUUUCCUCCUAAUGCGACCCUUCAUCUCCCCCGAAAGCGAAGACAUGAUGACCUUUAUCAUUUCCAAACUAACCCGUUCGAUUCCCGAGAUCACCCCGCUCCUCCUCACGGAAACUACGACUGCGUUUCGAGAAAAUUUUGCGCCGGACGAUUCGAAUGAGAGGGAUGGGGAGGGAUGGACACACACGUGUUUGUUUCAGCAUGUGAAUGUUUCGCUGGCGAAGAUCGUGUCGCGCAUACUGUGUGGAGAGAAAUAUUCGAGCGAUGCGGUGUGGGUACAUAAUGUAGCGACGUUUGCGCGGGGAAUAUUCUUUCCGGGAUGUUUGUUGAGACGCUUGCCGAGGUGGAGUCAUGGGUUUGUGGCGCCGUGGAUGAAGACGACGAAGCAGGUUGCGGUGAUUGAGAGGAUGGUGACGGAGGAUGUGAGGGGCUUGGUUCGUGGGGAUGUGACCGGGGAGGAUUAUGAGAGGGGGGUUAUCUUGCCUAUGUUUGGUGGAGGAUGUGAGGGGGAAGAAGGAUUUUGUAGGUUCUUUUUGCGACGGUGGAAUACGACGACGCUUACGUUUACUCAUGUGCUUUAUGAUAUUAUUGGGCAUAAGAAGGAACUUUAUGUGGAGCCUAUGAGGAGGGAGAUUAGAGACGCGUCGAAGAAGUUUGGGGGAGUGUGGAAUCGAGAAAGCAUUGGGGAGUUGAGAAGUUUGGAUGCGUUUAUGAGGGAGAGUCAGAGAUUACAUCCGUUAGGAUAUACAUUGGGUAGCCGGAAGGUAGCGAAGAAAGAAGGACUGGAUUUUAUCAGCAAAGGGGAAGAUGGGGAAAAGGUGAUCCAUAUUCCGUACGGAGAGAGGAUUGAGGGAUUGGCAUGGGCGAUCCAUCAAGAUGCCGAACAUUACGAAGAUGCGGAUGUGUUCAAGGGAUUCAGAACUCGGGAUGAGACGAUAGCGGGCUCGAAUCCCAGUGAAAGGUUCAUGAUUUUCGGAUAUGGUCGUCACGCCUGUCCCGGCCGCUACGUGGCUCUCACGAUUGAGAAAAUCAUGUUGAUUGAGUUCCUCAUGAACUACGAUUGGAAGGAAAUAGAUAGGUUGAAGGAUUGGUCGUUUGGAUGGAAUAAUAUUCCAGAUAUGGCUAGUAAGGUUCACAUUAGAAGGUUGAGUGCAGAGGAAGUGGAGAAGUUGUGGGAGUAGGCCGCGUAUCUAACAGAGGAUGGUGCGAUUUGUGGUACAGAAAUUAUAUGGUCUGCGGUUUAUAGGUGGAAUUAUUGUUGUUAUAGAAAUAGCUUCCGGUUUUACAUAUCUUUAAUUGCGAAAUAUGAGAUUGAUUUGCUCAUCAAAUCGGGAUGUC